AUGAUUGACAUGAGAGCAACGUGCUCAAUUACAAAGGUCAGUGGCAGUUUCCCACUAAUGCCACGAAUCCUCGAUCGAAAGCAGAGCCAGCCAGUAAAUUCGAGUACUGCCAACCGACGACAGUCAGGGUUAUUGUCGUUCAGACGCACAAAUAUGGGCGGCUUUCACCGUGCUCCUACCACAGCUUCAGGUCGUCGUUCUGAGGUUGUUUCAUCGCCGCUGACUGCUGUGGCCACACAAAUGCAGCCAUUAAUUCCUUGUUCACACUUCGAGCUGCCCGCUGUGCGCAAACAGACGUGGCUAUUAUUCCAAAACUUUGCUUCGCUAUGUGGAAAUAAUGAUCAAAUGGUCCUGAAAAGGUGA